AUGGCAAGACCAGCUGCUGCCGCCGGUGUGAAGAAGAGCGCUGCCACUGCCCCAGCCAAGCGAGCGGUUGCGAAGCCAAAUGGCACCAAGAAGGCCGCGGCCACUACCAAGCGCACUGAAAGUGCUGCCUCCGAGAAGCCCGUCAAGUCGAAGGCGAAGCGACAACUCGAAGAAGACGACGAUAAUGACGAAGACGAAGAAGAAAAGGUCGCGCCUCCUCGUGCUAAGAAGCAGAAGCAGACACACAAGCGCGCCGCCCCGGCCCCUACCACCGCUUCGAAAUCCGCAGCACCUCCCACCAUCAACAAGCGACCCACGCAGACACUCGACAUCUUCGUAUUCGGUGACGGCAGCUUCGGAGAGCUGGGCCUGGGCAACAAGAAGAUCGGGAAAGACAGCCCUUCCAACGUCAAGCUCCCGCGCUUGAACCACAAGCUUCCCGCCAAGGAAGUCGGCGUCGUGCAGGUCGCGUGUGGUGGCAUGCACGCCAUCGCGCUGACCAAGGAUAACAAGGUCCUGACUUGGGGCGUGAACGAUGAGAAGGCUCUGGGUCGCGAGACGAACUGGGACGGCGAGGAAGAAGAUGAUGACGACGACGCGGGCUUAGAUCCGACCGAGUCAAAUCCUGGCGAGGUGGAUCUGAGUGCGUGGAGCAAGACACAUCAAUUUGUUCAGGUCGCUGCUACCAACUCGGCGUCGUUUGUCUUGACUGACGUCGGAACGGUCCUUGGCUGGGGCACGUUUAGAGACUCCAACGGUGUCUUCGGCUUCUCAGAGGACGUCAUGCUGCAAGUGACACCUAUCAAGGUAUCAGGCCUCAGCAACAUCACAGCUCUAGCCGCCGGCUCCAACCACAUGCUCGCCCUCGACAAGAGCGGCGCAAUCUUCACCUGGGGUUCCGGCGACCAAUACCAGCUCGGCCGCAAGCCCGUGAGCCGCCACAACGGCCCUCGCGCGACGCUGCUCCCCGCCGUCUGCGGCCGCUUCACCAAGGCCCACCACGCCGUCCAGAUCGCAGCCGGAUCCUACCACAGCUUCUACAUCGACAACCACAAGCGCGUGUGGUCGUGGGGCCUGAACAACUUCGCGCAGACCGGCCACAUCGACGCCGGUGGGAAGGACAACGCCAUCGUGCCAAGUCCCAAGAUCGUCCAGAGCCUGAAGGAUCGCGACAUCGUGCACAUUGACGGCGGAGAGCAUCACUCUGUCGCUUGCAGUGCCAACGGUGAGGCCCUCACGUGGGGCCGUCUUGACAGCCAUCAGCUUGGCCUGGCGGUUACGUCUUUCACUGAGGAUAACACCAUCUUUGACGAAGGCGAUCGGCCUCGUAUCCUCUUUGAGCCUACCGUUAUACCCGACCUGACCGCAUCGUUCGUCGUAUCUUGCUCGGACACGAACAUCGCCGUCUCGCCCAAGGGCGAGGCAUACGGCUGGGGCUUCUCGUCCAACCGCCAGACCGGUCUAGGAACGCGCGAGGAUGUCGAAGUCCCCAAGUUGAUCCAGUCUCCCGAUGUGGACGGAAAGAAGCUUGUGUGGGCCGGCCUGGGCGGGCAGUACGGCAUGGUUGCUGCUGUCCAUCAGUCAUAG